AUGAUAUUUGAAAAUUCAGAACUUUUCUUCUUCUUCUUGUUACUAAAAUCCGUUGGAAUUUUUUUAUUUUUUAAAUUGCUUUUUAGAGUGAAAAAGAGGAUGGAAAUGCAGUUCAGUAGGAGUGUGAUGAUCUUCACUUUCAUAACUCUGUUUCUGCAACAAUUUACUGAUUCUGCAACUCUGGUUGUUGAUGGAGUGUCUGAAUGGAAGAACCCUACUGUCCAAGUUGGUGACUCCAUUAUUUUCAGGCACAAACACAGCUACAAUUUGUACAUUUUCAAGAACAGAAGAGCCUUCAACUUGUGCAACUUCACUGAAUCCACCCUUCUCACUCCUUCCACUCCCACCUUCACUUGGCAUCCGUCACGGCUGGGCUCCUUCUACUUCGCUUUCAAAAAUAGCUCCACAAAAGCUUGUGACGACGGCCAGAAGCUUGCGAUACAAGUCUCCUCCUCAACCACGCCAGAAACCUCUGCCUCUCCACCCGUGAUGGCGCCGUCGCCUAGUGGUGGUCGUGGGAUUGUAUCAUCAACCCCUCCGCCUAAUGAUGGUGGUGGAGAUAUUGUAUCAUCAUCGCCAUCUUACCCAUGGCCUAACCGUCCACAAGAGUUAAACUCUCCAAGCCCAUCUCCGAUGAAUGCAAUUUUCCCUCGAAAAGGUGGCAACUCUUUACCGUUCAUCAAUAGCAAUCCUGCGGUGCCACUACCCACCGGCGAAGUGGAUUCUGCCACGAUACGCCCUUCGCCAACAUCAAGCAACCAUAGAUUACAGGGUGUGGGGUUUGUUAAAGCCUUUUGUUGUGUAGGUUUGGUAGUGGUGUUGCUAUGAAAAUGGGUGGCAGCUAAUGCAUGUAAAGGGUUGUAAGGUGGUACAUGUGAAAUUUGAAUUAAAAUGGUGGGUUUCAUGAUUAUUGUACCAAUCUUUCUAUGGAUCCUUUUGUGACCCUCCUUUGAAAUAAUUGGCCACUUUUAUUUUUGGUUUUUUUUCUCACUUUUUUCGGUUUCGUUAUCGAAGGAAAGCGUAACGUGGUCGAUUAUCGUAAGAUCUGCAUCAAACGAUGUUGAUUACAACAAGAACAAGGAAUGUACUGAGUUCGUUCAAGAUUUAGAACAGUUAUGACCAUGAUUGUGUGGUUUAUAUGCGAAACUGGUAUAGGGAAUGUAUUGAGUUCGUUCAAGAUUUAGAACAAGGAAUGUACUGAGUUCGUUCAAGCU